AGCUGUACAGAUUUAACAGACAGUGACGUAGAAUUGUCUAUUAUCCGCGGAGUCAACUACCCAAAAGAAGUUGAUAGCUACGUUAUCUACGAGUUCCCUUACCCGACCGAGAACUCGCCGACUGACAGAACAUCGACGGUCCGUAAUACGAGCGCUCCAGAGUACGACGCAACUUUUACAUUGACCGGUAGCAUUGACAGAUCUUCCAGGCAGUGUCAGCGAACUUAUAAAAGACACUCUUUGAAGUGUCAAGUAUGGUCCAAAGGAGGAUUUCUUCGAAGCGAUAAUUUACUGGGUACUGUUACUGUUAAACUCCAACCACUGGAAACUCAAUGUAUAUUGCAUGACACAUUCCCGUUAAUGAACGGAAGAAAAGCUGCUGGAGGACAGCUCGAAAUAAAAAUCCGAGUGAGGAACCCCAUCACAACUAAGCAGAUUGAAAAAAUGACCGACCGAUGGCUUGUUAUUGAUAAUUAA